AUGCUGUGAACCGAGGCAAGCCUCUGGUCAAGUCAACUCUACCCGCACAUAGUCUUGGGGGGCUUCCUUCGAGUACACGCUGUCAUCCUGACAGAUGCCAGUCGGGUUGGCAUUGGCGCUUGUUUGGCGUCCGGGCCCAACCGUUCGCAGGCCGUUCCAACGCGAUUCUUUUCCGCUAAGUUCAACGGUGCUCAGCUCAACUAUCAUGUCACUGAUAAAGAGUUCUUGGCUGUCGUCUCGGCGUGUCGGGCGUUCGAGCAGCACUUGAUCGGUUACCCCUUCGUCAUCGUCACCGACCAUCAGGCCCUUCGCACGAUAAAAACCCAAAAACUGCGCCAAACGCCUCGGCACAUCCGCAUGUGUCUCGAACUCAGCCGUUUCGACUUCGAAUUUGAAUUCAUUGCUGGCAAGAACAACACCCUGGCCGAUUCGUUGUCGCGUCUGUGGGAGGUCAAGGAGGGAUCGCACGAGGAUCAGGUCAAGGAGAAUGAGUUGGAGGACAUGUUCUUUGAUGGAGAACGCCACGAAUUCACUACACCCGGUGAGAGCCUCCCUGAGGAACAUCCUUGCACUUCACCAUCUCCCGAUCGGUUGCCUCCUGUUGAUUUUGCCCUCGGGCCCCAACACGACGAUUGCGAGGCAGGCUCUCCCGGAUACUACGCGCUCAAGGAGGAAUCGCAAGACGAGGACGUGAAUGGACAGGAAUUAGGGAAUUUGUUCUUGAAGGAAGAAUGCCACGAGUUCAUUACGCCCGGUGAGAGCCUCCUCGAGGAACGUCCUUACACCUCACCUUCGCACGAUCGGUUGCCCCCUGUUGAUUGCGCCUUCGGGCCCUGGGGUCACGGUUACGACGCAGGCUCUCCCGGUUCCCCUCAUCUGGCCGAGAACAUUAUGGACGCCGUCGAUUGGUCUAUCGGCCGCCUCUCUCCUCCCAUCGCUGUCAAUCGAGUUCACGCUAUUGCUACGGCCCCUGCCAACGACCCGCCCAUUCCGGUCGAUGCCGACGCCGACGAACUCGAUUUGUUGGGAGUUGCCACCGAUGACGUCAACGACACCCCUGUAGUCCAUCGGCCGCCUGAUCCACUGCCCCAACCCUUCCUCGACACCGUCAUCCGAGCAUACGCCAACGAUUCGCAAGCCCAGGUCAUCAUUACCGACCCGCUAUCAUGGCCUAUGUUUUGGGUGACCGAGGAAGGGAGGAUUUUGCGUGUACAUCCAGAUGAGUCUAUUUCCUUGUUUGUACCUCGUGGUCUCGCUACCGGCGUCGUCAACUCCGACAAGGUCCCAUCGCUGCGCGAGCUCGUGCUUUCGGAGAUUCAUCGAAGUGUCGGGCAUGCAGGACAUCGCAUCACCUUGGCCGCCAUCCGUCCUUUGUACUGGUGGUCGUCCAUGUCUGCCGAUUGUGCCGAGUUCUGCCGUUCAUGUGAAGAUUGUGCCCGAGGCAAAGCGUCCACUCAAGUCCCUUAUGGCCGACUGCAUCCGAUGCCGAUCCCUUCUGGCCCAUGGGAACAAGUGGCCAUCGACUUCAUGACGGGACUGCCUCCGGUCGAGUUCGAAGGGAUGAUGGUCGCUCAAAUCAUGGUGGUCACUGACACUUGGGGCAAGAUGGUCCACCUGAUUCCCCUCCCAGCCGACGCCGACUCCGAGCUCGUUGCCGACAGGUACUACGCCACCAUCUUUCGACUGCAUGGGACGCCUUCCGCCAUCGUUUCCGAUCGCGAUCCCAAGUUCACCUCGCAGUUUUGGCGAGCAUUGCAGGCGAAGGUCGGCACCGUCUUGCGGAUGUCAACAGCGGCGCACCCAGAGACCGACGGAUCGAGUGAGAACCGAAUCAAGAUGGUCACCCAAACCCUGCGCAUCAUGGUGUCGUCAAACCACGAGGCUUGGGCAUCUCGUCUUGUUGAAGCUGAGUUCGCUCUUAACUCUUCUGUUGCUGUGUCCACGUCGCUGUCGGCUUUUGAGGCAACCUACGGCUACCUUCCUCGAUGCUGGCCCUCGGAUUCCUGGUCUGUCUCGGACGUCCCUCGUGCGGAAGCGUUUGCUCGGAUCCGACAAUUACGGAACCUCGACGUGACGGAUGCGAUCAUUGGAGCACGCCUCAACCAGUCCCAUCAGGCCAACAAGCAUCGACGCCCAGACGACCCCGCCUUUCGGACCGGCAGUUACGUCUAUCUUUCGACAAAGAACCUGGCAGUUCCUGACGGCAUGAAGUCGAAGUUGUUGCCGCGCUACAUCGGCCCCUUCCGUAUCCGAGCGGCCAUCCCUGCGACGUCCAGCUACGACCUCGAGCUCCCUCCAGCGAUGUCGCGAGUGCACAAUCGUUUCCAUGCUCGACUGCUUCGGCCUUGCGUUGAGAAUGAUGCUGAAAGGUUUCCUGGGCGUGACCCCGCAGUUCUUUUUGUCGAAGACGUAGCCGACGCGGCCGACAAUUCUGCGAUUCCGGAACGGAUUGUUCGCGAUCGGCGGAACGCUCGGGGCGCUCGUUCGUUCUUGGUUCGAUGGGUAGGCCGUAACAACACCGACGAUACUUGGAUGUCAGAGCAGUCCAUUCGCCUUGACCAUCCGUCCGUCCUCGACGCCUACCUCGCGCGCCUCGAUCGCUCGAACCGCCGCCUUGCCGCACGGUAG